CUCUGAACGAGAAUAGCUGUCUGAGCUGCACAGCAAGAGUCAUUGAGCAAAAAGUGAAGUGUAUAAAAUGGUUUUUAGAAUCUCAUUUGUCAUAUUGGUAUUGUUGCUGGGGACCAUACAAGCACAAGACCAGUAUUCAAAUCAACUGAAGGAAAAAAUAGCUGAGCUUCAAUUAAAAUUGGUUGAGGAUAUAUUCAAGGAAGAACUGAUUAAAUCUUUAAGGGAAGCGAACGAGUUGCUACUGAAUAAAAACUGCACAAGCACAAGCUGCAGUGCAUCUGAAGUGGAUCUUAAGCAAGAAAUAAUAGAAUUACAGACCACCGCCAAUAGCCUUCAAGUAAUGGUUUACAAUAAUAAUCAACAAAUGCAAUCAAUAAUGAUUGAAGACCAGCUGCAGAUGUGUCAGGCUCUACUGGAAAAAACUAAGUCAAAUCCAAGAAUUGAAAGGCCGGAAGCAACCAGCUGUGUUCCGUUUGGCUUCUUUACAGGAAUCAGGGUACUUUACUUGCCUGGAGCAAGUCCCUUUCGAGUUUUGUGCGAUGGUCACUCAAUAGGACCUGGUUGGACUCUCAUUCAACGAAGAUACGAUGGUUCAGAGGAUUUUUAUAGGAAUUGGGGUGAUUACCGUAACGGUUUCGGCAAUCUGGAUAAAGAGUUUUUCCUAGGUCUAGAAUAUAUAUAUCGCCUGACCAAUUAUCAGCGUUGCGAAUUGUAUAUCUACAUAGAGACCUUCGAUAAUGAAAUCACUUGGGCUCGGUAUGAUAAUUUUGUUAUUGGUAGCGAAGCAGAAAAUUACAAGCUGAGCAGUGUUGGUAAUUUCACUGGUAUUGUAGAUAGAUUGACUAGUCAUCUGAACAUUGAGUUUUCGACCUAUGACCGGGAAAAUAGUCCAAAUAAAUAUUCCGAAAAGUAUCACGGUGGCUAUUGGUUAUUUGACGGCUUAAACCUUGGAAGUAACCUUAAUGGGAGAUAUUUGCCGUACAAAGUCGAUGAUCAGCAAAGCAUUAAUUGGGAAACAUUUAAUUCUGUCAAAGCAGUGAAAAUGCUUAUUCGCCCUAAGAUGGAAUAUAAAUAAAACUAAUAAGAGUGCACUAUCUGGAGUACCCGACUAAGCAAUUUCCUGCGGCUUCCUUUUUAAAUUGCUUAAAUAAAUAUGGCACCCAAAUCUGUGUAAAUACCAAAGAUGAAGACUAGACUAAAAGUCUGACAAAAA